AUGGCAUCAAGAUUCAGUGGAGCUUUACAAAUUACAAAUCUAGAUGACUUUAUCACUCCUUCACAGGAAUGCAUUAAACCUAUAGAAAUGCAGUCAAAUAAAAGUAAAACAGGUGCCAAGAUAAAAAUACAAUCGGAUAAUACCCAUUUGGCACUUGAGAAUGAAAUUGGACAACCAGAAAAAUUACAAAAAGUUGAGAUCACACUUGCAGAUUGUUUAGCAUGCAGUGGUUGUAUUACAUCAGCUGAGAGUGUAUUAGUUACUCAACAGAGUCAAGAAGAAUUACUUAGAGUAUUCCAGAAAAAAAUAGCUCAACAGAAUAUAGGAAGUACAGAUUCUAAAUAUAUAAUAGUGAGUUUAUCGGUACAACCGGUGUUGUCAUUGUCACAACGUUAUGAACUUACUCCUGAGCAAGCUCUCUGUAAACUGGCAGGUUUUUUUUAUCGAUUAGGAGCUGAUAUGGUAUUAGAUAUGACUGUGGCUGAUGACUUUGUUUUAUUAGAAGCUGCUAAAGAGUUUGUUGAACGUUAUAAAGCCAAUAAAGAGGGCAUGAAAAAUCAGUUACCAAUGUUGUCCUCUUCAUGUCCAGGUUGGGUAUGUUACGCCGAGAAAACUCAUGGAAAUUUCAUAUUGCCACAUAUAAGUAUCACAAAGUCCCCUCAACAAAUUAUGGGAUCAUUAGUAAAAUAUCACUUAGCUGAAAAUAUGGGUCUAUUGUCAGAACAAAUAUAUCAUGUAACUGUAAUGCCUUGCUAUGACAAGAAAUUGGAAGCUUCCAGAGAAGAUUUUUACGAUCAGCAAAGAAAAACGAGAGAUGUAGAUUGUGUUAUAACAUCAAUCGAAUUGGAACAAAUGCUGAAUGAAGACAAUUUAACAUUAAAUGAAAUAAAUGAUGGUAAAAUUAAACAACCAUUUGGUUCUUAUAGUAAAGAAAUUGGAAACGGACUAUGGGGUCAUAGUGGCUCAGGAUCAGGUGGUUAUGCGGAUUUCAUUUUUCGUUAUGCAGCAAAGAAUCUUUUUGAUGAGGAUAAUGUCACAGUAGAUUUUAAAAAUCUUAGAAAUCCCGACUUUCAGGAAGCAGAAUUAAAGAAAAAUGAUCAAGUGUUAUUAAAAUUUGCUAUUAUUAAUGGCUUCAGAAAUAUACAAAACAUAGUGCAGAAAAUGAAAAGAGGCAAAUGCGUUUAUGAUUAUGUAGAAAUUAUGGCAUGCCCGUGUGGUUGCUUAAAUGGUGGAGCACAAGUGAGACCUGAAGGAAACAUUCAACCUCGAGAACUUGCAUCAAUAUUAGAAAAUAUGUAUCGUAAACUUCCGUUAAGCAAACCCGAAGAAAAUAAAAUAGUACAAAAUUUGUAUAAAACCUGGUUGGGUGGAGAGAAUACAGACAAAGUUAACGCAUAUUUUACUACGCAGUAUCACGAAGUAGAAAAGAUGAGUACAGCACUUACAAUAAAGUGGUAAAAUAAUAAUAUGUCAUAUUAUACUAUAUAUAAUGUAUAUGUAUAAUCUGUAUAGUAAUAUUUAUUAAUCGAUUGAUUCUCUAUCUUUGCUAUACAACAAUAAAAAUAAAUAAUUAUUACCGAUCAA